AUGCCUUCCGCCCAUCCCCUCUACACCCCGUACCGCGCUCUUGGGUUGGUUUGUGACGGCUCUGUCGCCCGCUGUUCUCCAGUACUACAUCGACAAGGCACGGCAACAUUCCUUACCACUCCCGUCUGUGCCGGUCGCGCUCUCCACCUUUAUGACGUUUCUCUCCAACUCAAGCUCGUUUCCAAGCCCUUUCCUUCUGCAUGGCCUGAAAGCCCUAUCUCUUGUCUUGCAGCCGCUCACGACCUCACCUUUGUUGCGCUGGGCUCUGAUAUUGCCGUGCUCAAACGUCUGGCCCCGGUCACCAUCUGGCAUGGUCACGACGCCCCAGUGAGACAUCUUUUCAUAGCUGGCGACGUCCUCGUGUCUUCCUGUGAAGAUAAUCGUCUUAUCGUCUGGAGCAUCCCGUCCUCUACGAAGCGCACAUUGCCAAUUGAGGGGGCCAUCCUCGCUGACAUCACCUUGCCCCCAAAAUUUGAACUUACUGCCAUUGCUCACCCACCCACAUAUCUCAACAAAGUUCUUCUUGGUGCCAGUGAUGGCCGCUGUAUUCUGCUUAAUCUCCGAACAAAGAAGAUCAUUCACGAGUUCGACUCAUUUCCUGCCGCUGUCACGAUACUCGAACCCUCCCCAGUGCUCGACGUAGUCGCCGUUGGGCUUGCUGACGGGCGGGUUUUGCUUCACAACUUUCGCGCGAAUGAGACUGUUGCAGGAGGGUUGCCGCCACACGCUGUCGCAGCGGUCUCUUUUCGCUCCGACGGCACCGAAAGCCUUGUCUCUACUGAUUUUAGUGGUAAUUUGUUUACGUGGGAUCUGAAUGAGCGACGCUUGAGUUCUGAGCUUCGAGGCGUACAUGCAGGCGGUGCGUCUCUGUGUCAGUUUUUACUGGCAGAGCCAGUUUUGUUCACCUCAGGUUUGCAGGAUAACUCGGUUAAGGUGCACGUAUAUGAUGGUUUGAGGAGAGAGCCUCGAGUUCUCCGGUCACGCGAGGGGCAUAGGCUACCGCCGACUUUGGUGCGGUUCUGUGGCUAUGAUGGUAGCAUGAUGGUAUCAGCUGGCCUGGAUAGAGAACUCAGAAUGGUUUCAAUAGUGAGGGAAGCCCGAAAUAAGUCCCUUGCACAGAAGGGCGUGGAACCUCGCGGACGAAAGGCGAAAAAGAGGAGAAGAGCAGACGCGGGAAUUGAGAGGGGUGAUCAGAGGCUCGACCUUGCGAAGAAAUUGCCGCCGAUUACAUCUAUUGCUUCUAACAAUUUACGUCAAAGAGAUGAAGACUUUGCAAAUAUCGCAACCGUACAUUCGGAGUUGAGGGAAGUGUACACCUGGAGGAUGCAGGAUGGUGCCACUCAUAGCCAUGUGCUUUUGCCUCCGGAUCGGCCAGAGAAGUACCAACUCGCCUUUCGGCGAGGCGCCAAGCACUUGGAUUCGAAGAAUAUGAAAAAGAGGCAAGACGGUCGGAUACAUUCGUACAACCUCCAGAGCGGAAAACAUCAAGGAACAUGUCUUGUUUGGGAGAAAGCGCACUCAAGCCCGGUCGCUGGGCUUGCUGUUGACGGGUGUGGAGAUGUUAUGGUAUCCGCCGGCUAUGACGAUUGCCUGAUCAAGUUUUGGGAUAUUCACGGCCGUCUCCGUCGGGAAGGAUCUAUACAAACGCCAACCCAAAUCACGAAACUGAUUUGGUGCACAGCCUCGGACCUUUUGGCUGUGACGUGUGAUGACUUUUGCAUAUACGUUUACGACGCAUCAACAAAAAAGUUGGCACGCAAGUUUUCUGGUCACGCUGGAUCUAUUGUAGAUAUGAACUUCGAUCCCCUUGGUCGCCGUAUUAUUUCGGCAAGUAUGGACAGCACAAUCAAGACAUGGGACUUACCGUCUGGGCGGAUCAUUGACACAUUGCUGUGUGUGAACGCCCCGACAAGCGUGGCCGUCGCUCCCAGCGGGGAAUAUCUGGCUUCUACACACGUCAAUGACCUUGGUCUGUCGCUUUGGGUGGACACGUCAAAGUUUGCAAGUCUUUCUAUUCCUGGACAAGGUGAUGAGGAUGAUGAUGUGACGAUGCUUGGCUCUGCUGAUGGCGGGGAUGAGAACAGUGAUUCAGAGCAGGCCAACAAACCCACGCACGAUAAAGCGCGAGAGAGGGGACAGGCACCCACAAUUGAACCGCUCUCUAGCAACAUUGCAACUUUGAGCGCAAAGCCGUUAACGCACUGGACAACCCUUAGCAACCUUCAGGCGAUAAAGGAAAGGAACAAACCAGUGGAGCCGGCAAAGAAGCCAGAAGCGGCACCCUUCUUUCUCCCAACUGUCAAGGGUAUCAAGAUGGAGUUUAACGUUGGCGAUUCCGACGAGGUCAGGUCAAAGAUUGCGAAGAAGGCCAAGGACAGAAAAGGAGGGUUUGGCGAUGCGGAAGAUGACGAUUGGGCCAACAGCGAAUUCGGUCGCCUUGUCGCGCGAGAACAGUACGGAUCUGCUGCCAAACUGCUGCAUAGACUUGAUGCGUCUGGUGUUGACCUAGAAAUUCAGACAUUGGAUGGGCCCAACUCAAGGAUCAACGCUGCGCGAUUCUUCCAAGAGAGGUUGGGUUCGCCUGAAGAGUACGAACUCACUCAGGCACAUCUGAAUCUGUUUUUGACCACGCACGGCACAUGGCUUGCCAAGGAUGAAGGAGGACCGGCACUAUUAGAAAGUUUGUGUUUGGCUCAGGAAGGAGCAUGGCAGAAGUUACGCACUGUCUUUGACACAGUAAUGUCUCUCUCGGCCACUUUUUCAGGACAAGUCAGUCCUCAAAACUCGUGGAAUUUUUCAACCUCGGGUUUAUACUUUACGUCCUGCGAUUUUGUGGGCAAAUGA